AGUGACCCUUGAUUUAAUUAAUUGAAACAAGAGUAUGCAUAUAUUAUUUCCUUACUAUUGAAUAACAUUGAGUUUCGAAUCAACUCUACAUUGCUUUAUCUUGAUACUGCCAAGGAAAUUUAGGACCAUUUGACACUUAUGUAUUUUGGCAUAGGUAAUUUACUCGUGCUUAUGAGGUUUGCAAAUAAUAUUUUCGCAUUAAGUAGGGUACUCUAAGCUUAAAAGACUAUUUAUUAUUCCUAAGUUAGGGAAGUCUAUGAGGAAUCACGGAUUUACCACCCAUUCACCACUAAUUCUACACUUCUACAGCAACAAUGUGAGGAUAUGAAUGUUGUUCAUUUUUUUGUUGGUUUGAAGCCUGAGUAUAAGUCUAUCCGUGCUCAGAUUUGGGAUAGCUUUAGCCUCCUGUCUCUUCUUGAGGUCUUUUCCAGGUUACAGCGUGCUACUUUGUCUGUUGGCCAUUCGACUUCAAGCAUUGAUCAUGAUUCUUUUGUUGACCGCUCAGCUCUUGUUGCCUCUAUUGGCAACAGUAGUAGUAUUCGAGGUGGUCGUAUCAAUCGUGGUGGUCGAGGGGCCUGUACUAGAGGGCGUACUAAUAUUAGUUUAUGUAUUCAUUGUGGUCGUAUUAGCCACACUGUUGAUUAUUGUUGGGAUUUACAUAGAAAGCCAUGGUGCUUCUAAU